GCCCUUUCCCCUCUAAGUAAAACCUACUGGCUGGGAAUGGCCAACAGAGCUGACCGUAUUCAGAGGCAGGUCUCUGUGUCUGAGAUGCUGUCAUUAGAUGUUGCUCCAAAGACCUAAGGAAAUGUGCCCAGGAGAAGUGUAUGGUCCUAAUCCUUUCAACUGAGGCUCAAUGGCCCAGCAAAGCAUGAAAGUGAGGCCUGUGCUUCUGAAACGUAACAGUCUAGAGUCUGUGGAGCUGGUGAAGCAACCUCACCACCGCAGGAGCAAAUCUCAGCAGGUCCGAUUCAAGGAGGAUGGCACCAGUAAGACUCCGCCUGGUCUAGCUGAGGUGGAUGUCCAGACAUCUGAGGACCCGGCUGUAAUGGGCAAGACUCAGGCCUCCAGGCAUCAUCACCUCCCCACCUACUCGCUCUCCUUUCCCAGGUCCCAGAAGGCAGGGGGCUUUCGGAACAUUGCAAUCCAAACGUCCCCCAGUCUCAGGAAGCAUUUCCCGGUUUUCAAAAGGAAGAGACUCACAGCUAGCAAGUCCCUGGUAGAAAUGCCGACAGCAUCCCAAAGUGCCAUCCAGGUGAACGGCAAUCUCUCUGAGCAGGACAUUGUGUCCUCUGAACUUGCCUACUUACGGUUGGCUCAGCAUCUUGAGGAUGGGCCUCGAAGGGUCAAGGUGUCCCACCCGUUUCUCCCUAGAAUGUCCAAGGUGCAAAGCAAUGGGCCUGUGAGCCUAUGCUUUGAAGCUGGGACAUGGAGAGCCUUGGAGAAAGUAACAGCUGCCAUUCAGGUCCCAGAUGAUAUUUACCACAGUCCUACCUGGGCAGGAAGGGAGUCCACUUUGAGCCCAGACCGGUCUGCUGAGAUUAGCAACUCCAUACCCUCUUUGGUUGACAGGCGUCCAGGUGAUGGAAGAAGACAGCUGCCACCAGAUUCAGAAAGUAUCCCCUCCUGCUUAAAUGCCCCCAGUAGAGCCAGUCACACGCCUGGCACAGGGAACCUGCAACCUGAAUUGCUUUUGCCCAAAGAUAACUCCGAUGACAAAGAUCUUGGCCCUCUGUCAUCUAGGUCAAAGGAAAGGUGUGCUCCUUCACAUGCACGGACUCACAGCUCCCCUCCACCUGGCUCCCAGAGUCAGCCAGCCCAACCAGGGGGAGCUUCAGACUGUUCUUCAUUGAGUAACAAUUACCAGGAUCUGCAGUCACUCGAAACGAACAGUGAGUCAGGAUCUGCCCCUGUGUGCCAGGAGCAGACGGCAAAGAACCCCAUCAGGUCAGACAUCCCAGAGCUUCAGAACUGUCCAGGAAGCGGUCACCUCCCCUCCUCUCUCCUCAACCAGGAGACCAAGCAGCAGAGGGUGACUGGCGGGAUUAACCCAAUUCACCUGGCACAGGGCGAGCUCUGCGACCUCCAGGGCAGGCUGCAAUCUGUGGAGGAGUCUCUGCACUCAAACCAAGAGAAAAUUAAAGUCCUUUUGAAUGUAAUUCAAGACUUGGAGAAAGCUCGAGCUCUCACAGAAGGACGCAACUUUUAUCGAACUGGCCAAGAUCUCAACAACUGCAGCACCUGCCAGAACACGGCAUGCAUCAUAUACAGUGUAGAAUAUGAUUUCCGGCAGCAAGAAGGCAGGUUCCACGAAGUUCUACAGGGUCUGGAGGAAGCGGAGCUAGCUGAGGAGGCCUCUCCCCCGCCAAAGUCCCCAGCAGAGCCUCCAGUUCCCGAGAAACAGGACUUGAGGCGGAAAACCAAGAAGGUGAAGAAGAAGUGCUUCUGGUGGAUCUGAGCUCCUGGGGACCAUGCCCUCUGCCCUCCCCGGGGUGGGGAACCAUUGCCCUCAGGCUUCCUCUACUUCCUAGCAAAGGCCCCAGGCUAUCAGCCACUCGACUUCUGGAUGGUUUAGCUGCUGCUGGACGCCUGAUCACAGUGUCACCUGAGUGUGUGCCCUGCUGGCUGAGAAUUUCCUGGGCCUGAGUUAGCACCUGCCUAGCUUCCUGUCAUAUACCCUAGUGUUCAAAUCUAGAUUCCCACCAAGGGCAAAACCCCCAUUGCACUCCCAUACAUCUCAGUGAUGCUCAGCACUUCUUGCUCAUCCUGGGUUUAUCAUCCCAAAGAACAGAAAUAAAAACGUGGUGCAGAGCAGUGAGACAGAGUCUAAGCAGAUACCCAGAAAAAAAUCACAUAUCUCAACUGGCAGUUUUCUAAAAUAUUGGCACUUGUGAGUACAACAGAAGAGGGCAGGGCAUCACAAUGCAAGGUCACCUGGUAGGCGGGGUCGUUUUCACUUUUGAUUAGCCCCUUGAUCCCAAAGCUAGGAUCUGUCAUCUCAUGCUGUGUGCGCCUUAGAGUCUGUAGCAGAGUAAGGACACCACAGGGUGGAAGGGGCCUGCGAGUAUGACCAUCCUGCAGCUGUAGCUACUCCAGGGUGUACCUUAAAUCGCCUUGCUUCUCAGCCUGGGGCCUGAGACUGCUUGGCAGAUGGAUGGGGUCUGGUUUGGGCUUGAACUUAAAGAUUCCAUAAUUAAUUUCCCUGCAACAUUUACAAUCAUGAAAUCCAGCAGUCUGUCUGUCCAUUUCAUCUUACUAGAAACAUAAAUAAGACUAAGAUAAAACACAGCAUCGGUACUUGCCCAUCCAUCCUUGCAGCCUUGUAGAUAAGUUCACAGUCUAUUAAUCUACAUACUGUCCCUUCCUGGUGACCAGACCAUGGUCACCUGAUUGAAGAAGCAGGACUGGGGAUGAGGACAGACUUUUUCCAUCUUAGUAUUAAACGCCUUUCCUUCCCAAAGUCUGAAUUCCUUUAAAGUCUGGCUCAUUCUUUUGAUGAGACCCCCAUACAUGUGGGUCCAGUCAAACUUGCAUGGCUGAGCAGACUACUGAAAUAAUAUAAUUAAGUAAUUGCUAGUAAAUGCUCUUGGGGAUGAGGGGUGGGUUGGCAGGGCUCCUAUUCCUUCUUGUUAAACUCUCUACCAGCCUGUGGUUGGAUUGAGGCUGCCCAGAAAAGAGAUGGUAAACUCAGUGAACAUUCAGUGAAGACGGCAUUUCAUAAUCCCCUUUGCUAAAGACUGAGUGUCUGCGUUAGAGUCUUUGCAGAGUGAAGCACUCUGUGUGAACGUGGGAUGUACAUUCCCCACUGCAAAUUGAGGCUAAUUGAGCAAACCUCUCCGACAGUUUCACCUUCCCUGUCACUGCACUGCAGUGCACAAAGCUAUUUCAGUGAGAGUGAGAGGGAAAUUUGGCAAGGAAUCUCGGCUUGCACUAUUUAAAUCUGGGAAUGUCAUUCAAGAUGUUCUUCUUCUGUUUCUAGCGUAAUGUUUAAACCCACAAAAUGAGACUGGAAUACUUAACAUGAAGUUAGAAUUAAGACAAAUACACUUGUCAUACUUAAGAAGUCACAUUUCAGUAAGAUAUGCCACCACUGGCUAAAAGCCACGAGUCUAUCUGUAUCCACACAAUCAACACGCGGUUGGCCCCAACAACGGAAAAGAACAGCACAGAGGCUAAUCCAAUAAAGCUAAAUCACUGGGGAUCUCUUAUAUAAUUCUAUCUUGUAGUAGAGCUUCCAUCUUAAUUUGCUUUGCUUACACUAAUUUUCAAAUUAAUUUAUGUUCUUGGGCAGCACAAUAGAAUGGAAAUAAUCCUGUUCUCAGAAUUAAGAGGCCCAGGCAACAGAGCAGUCUAUUUCAACAACUCUUAGCAAAUUGUGUAAAUUUUCAGGGCCUGUUUAUCCAUUCUCAAGUGGAGACAGGAACACCUACUCUACUUGUUUUACAAGGUCUGUGUACAUUCCAGCAUCAGAUGAGCAGAACCACUCAGAGCUGACCAGGAUCACUUGCCAAAGUUAGCCUAUAAUGAAGACGAGAUGUCUGGGAACACAAAAUGGAUAAUCCAACAUUUAGAUUACUAACAAGGGUACGCUGUCGUACACAUAUGUUGAGUUGGAGCCUCACAUAAACCCUCAGUUGAGUUAAAUGAUACUGCGGUCAGAACAAGUUGACCUUUCUAGAGAGAAAAAUCAAGCGAGGCUGCGAUGAUUCUAUACCAAAGCACAACACAUUGCUCAGGCCACCAACCUGAAACUGGAUACUCCGUCUCUUCUGAAAACUGAACAUUUAAAAUUUUGUUAUGGGGGAAACAAUUCAGUAAAACCUCCCUGCUAAACAAAAGUGAUCAUUUCUGUGUUAAAAAAAAAAAAAAAGUAUAUAUAUACCAAAACUCUAUACUCAUAUACUCAUGUGAAAAUUGCUUCUUUGUAAAAUAUUAUAUAACCUCUACCAUGAUCUCUUACAGAAACGCUGUACUUGAGGUUGUCUGGUUUUAUGGAAAGAUAUUAAUUUAGCAAAAGUUACUUUUAUAAAAUUGAAAGGAAAAAGACUGAUACAUCAGCUUAAGUUGCAGGAGUUUAUGUAGCUGCUUUCUCUGUAGUUAAGAAAAUAUGUACUCACUAUACUUGGAACUUAAUACCAGCUCAUCUACAGAGCACCUUCUUAAAGACUGUACUAAUGUAAGGUUUUGUAAAUUUCUAAACUGUUUUAAAUGGGAUAUUAUCUUUUGCAAUAAACUUAAAUAUUUUUCCUAGGUUU